AUGUACGAUCUGGAAAAGAAGAUAAACGAAGCUGUGUUUCCAGGGUUACAGGGUGGACCACAUAACCAUCAAAUAGCUUCCGUUGCAGUAGCCUUAAAACAAGCAUCAUUACCAGAAUUUAUAGAAUAUCAGAAGCAGACUAUGGCCAAUGCUAAAGCCAUGUCUAAAGCCUUAAUUGAUAGAGGCUACACUGUUGUGACAGGAGGAACUGAUACUCACCUGGUCUUAGUUGAUAUGAGACCCCAGAAAUUAGAUGGCGCCAGAUCAGAGAAAGUAUUAGAAGAAGUUGGAAUUGCCUGCAACAAGAACACCUGCCCGGGGGAUAAGAGUGCCUUGAAACCCAGUGGAUUGAGAUUGGGAACCCCAGCUUUAACUUCUAGAGAUAUGAAAGAGAAAGAUAUCGUUCAAGUAGUUGAAUUUUUCCAUCAAGGUUGGUUUUUGAUAAAUAUCUAG